ACUCAGAAAUCAUCAUGGAUUCAAAUCAACAAGAUCUCAUUGCUCAGUUCAGUGGCAUCACAGGAGCAUCGCCAGAAACCGCACAAACCGCUCUCACUGCAUCCAACUGGGACAUCGAACAAGCCGUCACUCUCUACUUCGCUUCUCAAGACGCUCCUGCCGAAGACAGCGACGCUUCUCUAGAAGAACCCGCCGCCCCAUCCUUGCCUUCAUUAACCCCUGCCGCAAACCAAUCCUCAUCGUCGGCCAACCGCCCUCCGCCCUCAAACCGUUCCAACAUGGUGCGCACCUUCCGUGAUCUUCAGAACGACGAGGACCGUGGCGACGAUGACCACAGCGACCACGAUCCCCAGCAGGACUUUUUCGCUGGAGGCGAGAAGUCCGGUCUAGCUGUCCAGGACCCUAACAGGCGCCCCCAAGACCACUUCAGCAACAUCAUGAACCAAGCCAGACAGUGCGUUUCCAGCGCCUUCCAAGGCCGCGCCCAAACCCUAGGAGGAGACGACGCUCCUUCGCGUGUUAUCGAAGACCCCAAUGCUUCUGCCGCACCUUCAAGACCCUCGCUACCUCGUGUGAGCCGCACACUUCAUCUCUGGCAAGACGGCUUCAGCAUUGAUGACGGCGAGUUGCACCGCUUUGACGAUCCUCAGAAUGCUCCUGUCCUCGCCCUCAUCAACCAAGGCCGUGCUCCGCUUGCCCUCCUUGGUGUUCAGCCAGGCCAGGAAGUCGAUCUCCAGCUCGACCCUCACAAGGAUGAGAAGUACGUUCAGCCCAAGAAGCAGUACAAGCCUUUUGGUGGCUCUGGUCAGCGUCUGGGAUCUCCUACCCCUGGUCCAUCUGGUUCUACAACCACACCUGCCGCUGCAGCUUCAUCCUCCACAUCUUCAGCGCCUGCGUCGUCAGCACCAAAGGUCGAGAUUGAUGAGGCACAGCCUGCCGUGCAACUUCAAAUUCGUCUUGGUGACGGCACACGCCUGGUGUCACGCUUCAACACCACCCACACGGUUGGCGAUAUCUACAACUUCGUCACAGCCAGCAGUACCGCCAGCCAGAGCAGAGCUUUCACCCUCAUGACUACGUUUCCCAACAAGAAUCUCGAAGACAAGAGCGCCAAGCUCGAGGAUCUGCCCGAGCUCAAGCGUGGCGGUGUUGUCGUUCAAAAGUGGAAU